AUGGAAAUGGAGAACAACACUGAUACAACGGAACAGGUACAUACGUGGUUUUUAGAUGUCUUAACGUCAAACUGGUAACUUUGCAGGUGUUCUUCAUACAAUUUAAUGGUCAAAUUGAUAAUCAAAACUAUCGAGCAUUCCGCGUCCGUUCAAACAAUCUCGAGAGUAGUCCCGAUAACAAAAAAUUAAACGGAAAAGUUACUGUAGGCAUUAAGCGAGCCAUAGAGCAUCAUAAUAAUCAAAUCAAACAAUUGGAGGAAGCAAUUCGUCACCACCAACAGGUUAACCGAAAAGUUUGAAAUGAAUUUUAGCGUAGUUGUGAUUCAGAUGAAGAAGAAAUGGACGUCGAUGGAAACUGCUGCCAAUCAGUACAACAAAAUCUACUUAGAAAAGAUAUUGGCUGCAGAACAGGAGUGUAUAGACACAUUUGAGAACGAGAACUUUGGAAUGGAUUGCAGGUACGUCUCAGAAAAUUAAUAGUUGUAUAGUUUGUGUUUUGAGUUGGGCGACAUCAAAGAAAGCGAAGAAUAGCGGGGAAAUGAAGACAGUUCUCUCUUCCAUCAUAUUGUUGAAUCGACAAGGGGUGGAAAUAUCGUCGCCUGUGUCGAAACGCAAAGACUUGCCAGCUACUGAACAUUCCAAUUCAUUAUCAGUCGCCAGCUUGCCAGUCAUUCAAUAUCCACCACCUACGAACCUAGAUCCAGACUUGAAUAGGAAACCGGACAAAAAAGAAGACCAAGAAUCAAAGUACAUAGGGAUGAUGAUAAAUAAGAAAACACUAUUUUACUUUCAGAGAAGCAACGAAAGAUGUGCCGGGUCAGGCAGAGCAGCUCCCAGAAACUGGUGUUCGUUUUGCGAAGCUAUCAAAUGCAGACAAAGCUCCUUACACAAGGUUCGUUUUCGAGUAAAAAAGUGAGACACAGAAUACAUAGUUUCAGAAACCAGAACCUUCUCCAGAGACCGAGAGAAGAUCCAGAAGUUGCUGAGAGAAAAAGCUUAUUUUCUGAUGAACAAGAAAGUGAGGAAAGUGAUGAAGAAAAGGAGUGCAGUGCAGAAAAGUAUGCAUUUGUUAUUAGUCGAGUAGAAUAGAAUACAUUAUUCGUUUAGAUCAUGUCAAACAGCAGGCUCAGAAGAAUCGAAGUUGGAAAGAGCUAACAGCAGUUUGGGAAGUUGUGACUUGGAAAUGGUAGCUGAAUCGGCAUCGUGAGUACAAUUAGGUUUCAGACAAUGAGAUAAGUGAUUUUCAGGGAAACAUCUCUUUCUCGUCAAAGUGGUACCUCCAGCAGGUCGAACGGGGGUCAGAAGAAGAAAGGGAAGAAAGGAAAGAAAGCUCAAAAAGGACCAAAAAUGACUUUGGAGGAGAUUGAAGCUAUCAAGAAAAAGAAACGAGAAGAGAAAGACAAGGAGUACGCGAAGAAGCAGGAAGAGAUGCAAAAUCACCUGGACAAAGUGCAGAAAAGUGACAGACAUCGCAUUCACAGAAGACUCGCUGAAACUGCUCUGGAAAUUCUGAGGCAAGGGAGCGGAAUUCUUCCGAAAGAGAUUCAAGUGUUGAAUGAUCAUUUGGAUGACUUUGUGAUGAAAACUAGCCGAACGGAAAUGUUCAAACUCCGGAACGACUACUUGGAAACGCGAGUUGUUGAGAUAUCACGAGUUUGUUACAAUCCUUGCGAGACUUUUUCUAAAUUCUCACAUUUGCAGACAUUGCUAGGCUCAGAGCUUGCUGCUAAAAUGGAGCUAAUGCGAAUGUACCAUGAUAUCAUUAUGCGGACAGCAACGCUCCAGGAUUAUCUCAUCUAUCUGGCUACUCUCGACCCCAGAGGUGAAGAGUAUAGGAACUUUGAGCUUCGAACAAUAUCGCUAUACAUGAAUGGGUAUGAGGACGGUAAGUUGACUAACUAACUAAAACGAACAUGAGUUAAAUGGGUACUUCUUUCCAGAAGAUGAACUCGAAAACUUGAACAUCAAAGACAACUUUCAAGCGUUUAAAGACGCUGGUCGCACUCAAAUUCCUGACGAACGUACGUUUACUAUUUUUUCUUAUUCAAUCUCAGUCUGCAGUGUUUCUCUUUCAGAAAAAUGGCACACGUCAAAUGAAUUCACUUUGUCACGAGUUAUGGCAUUCCGUCGGGUAAUAUUCAUUCCAUUAAAGUAUCUAAGUAACCAAAACCGUUGCGAUUUCAGAUGGCACAGAUAUCAGAACUGUCAAACGAUGACAAUUUUUUAAAAGAGACCUACUUGGCGAUGGGCCAGUUGCUGGAAGUAUUCAAUCAAUGCACAAAUGUGACAGCAUUCCUUCAAAGUAACAGAGGCAACGUACAAUUCAGUUUGAUGGAAGCAUGGUUCCUGGAAUCAAGGAAACCGGCUCCACUCGAUUCGGAAAACACAUAUUGAAUUGA